AUGCGCUUCUUCACACCACUCGCCUUCCUGGCCUUCGCCAUGUCCAUCACCGCAGUGCCCAUCACCCCAUCUGCGCCCUCCCUCCAACGCCGCGCCGAGCAAUUCCGCCUCCAAGGCCUGCAAGAACACGAGAUAGCCGAGAAGCUCACACUCGUCUCCACUCCAUCUGCCGAGGACGACUCCCCCCUGCCCACCUCCCUCUUCUCCUCUCUCAGCACAAAACUGCACUCCUUACUGCGCCCGUGCUCCGAGGAGGACCAUGACGACUACGACGACAUCUCCGGCGACAUUGCACCGGGGUCGCUGGAGGCGCCGCAGAUGCUGCCAAGGCCGGUGGCGACGCUGGGGAAGCCGUCUGCGUUGGGACGGAUCAUCGCUGUGCUGAGGAAGGGCGAUGAGGGUGGCAACUUUGCGUAUGAGGGGAAGGAGUUGGAGUUGCGGCGGCCGACGGGGAUGAGGCAUUGGGGGGCGGCGGAUAAGUGGAGGUUGUUCUAA